AAGGUUGUCCGUUUAUGUUGGAUGUCAGCCUGCGAUGUAAAAACAAGCAAAAUUUCACGGUGUUGAGCUAAUGGGACACUCAUUUUAAGAAAAAACGGUUCCCUAUUUCAAUCGCUUUUUAGAGAUUUGUUUAACCUACUCGAUUCCAUUUCAUAAAAACAUAGCGUAGCCGUAUAAAAGGCCUUCGUUUGGAAUCUGGGGUUUGGAUAUUUCGCUCUGUGGAUGCUGUGAGGAGAAACCCAGAAGGGAAAUUUGUUUGACACAAGCUUUUCUGAAAAAAACCCCUUUCGUUAAUGGCGUCCAGGAGGCAGCUGCAAUGUUUGGUCGGGUUGGUUUGCAGGGGAAGGAGGCCAUUUUCUACGGUCCCUGAAAGCAGUGCCUCUUCUUUUCCUGCUUCUGAGAAGCUCAUCCAUAUGGAAAAAGAUCAUAGUGCCCAUAACUACCACCCAAUUCCAGUUGUAUUCUCUGAAGCAAAGGGAUCAUCUAUAUGGGACCCAGAGGGUAAGAGAUAUCUGGAUUUUCUAUCAGCUUAUUCUGCUGUCAACCAGGGACAUUGUCAUCCAAAGAUUGUCAAAGCGUUCCAAGAACAAGCAGAAAAACUCACUCUUAGCUCUCGAGCCUUCUAUAACGAUAAGUUUCCCCCAUUUGCUGAGUACUUGACACAAAUUUUUGGCUAUGAUAUGGUGCUUCCAAUGAACACUGGUGCUGAAGGAGUGGAAACUGCUUUGAAGGUGGCAAGGAAAUGGGGUUACAAGAAGAAGAAAAUUCCCAAAGAUGAGGCUAUUAUUGUUUCUUGUUGUGGUUGCUUUCAUGGCCGGACAUUGGGUGCUAUAUCCAUGAGCUGUGACAAUGAAGCAACCCGUGAAUUCGGGCCCUUGUUGCCUGGACAUCUUAAAGUUGAUUUUGGUGAUGCAGUUGCCCUUGAGAAAAUCUUUAAAGAACACGGAGACCGAAUAGCUGGGUUUUUGUUUGAGCCGAUUCAAGGAGAGGCAGGGGUUAUUAUCCCCCCCGAUGGUUACUUGAAAGCCGUGCGAGAUCUUUGCACGAAAUAUAAUAUCUUAAUGAUUGCUGAUGAAAUACAAUCUGGCUUAGCAAGGUCAGGAAAAUUAUUGGCUUGUGAUUGGGAAAAUGUCAGACCAGAUUUAGUGAUUCUGGGAAAAGCAUUGGGAGGUGGAGUAAUACCUGUAAGUGCUGUUCUUGCUGACAAAGACGUAAUGCUUUGUAUCCAACCCGGAGAGCAUGGGAGUACGUUCGGGGGUAAUCCGUUGGCAAGUGCCGUUGCUAUUGCGUCGCUUGAAGUGAUCAAAGAUGAGAGACUUGCUGAGAGAUCAGCUAAAUUAGGAGAGGAGCUCAGAAAACAGCUCGUCGAAAUUCAGGAACGAUUCCCACGAUACAUCAAGAACGUUCGAGGAAGAGGUUUGUUUAAUGCUGUGGAGCUCAAAAGCAAAGCCUUAUUUCCUGUUUCUGCAUAUGAUAUUUGCAUGAAGUUGAAGGAGAGGGGAGUUCUUGCUAAGCCAACACAUGAUUCUAUAAUUCGGUUAACUCCUCCACUUUCCAUAAGUUUGGAUGAGGUGAAAGAAGGGUCCAAGGCACUCCAUGAUGUGCUGGAAAUUGAUCUUCCACAGCUGAUGAAGGAAAAGCCACACAGUUCCUCCCCAAGUGAUCCCAACAUAUGUGAUCGCUGUGGAAGAAACCUAUAUGCUUCUGAAGAUUAAAAGCUCUCAACUUCUUGUGUUCUUCAACCCCUCAAUCCUAAGCCAAUAAAUUCUGGGUUUUCUCUGAAACUUUUCUUGAACAUUGUGUACUACACUCAUACUGUGGAUUGCUAUCAAUCUGUUUGAUAUAGAUAUGUGUUCAAUGCAUGGCUUCAACAAUGUUCUAACUGUUCUAUUUAUAAGUUCAUAUAUCAGUUGCUUA